AAGCUACUAAAGUUUACUCCUUUUAUAUUAUAAGAGUCAAUUUAGUUCUAUAUACACACAUACAUAGCCUUGAUUAGGAAACUAGCGAUGGUCUCCGUGCCUGGCACUUUUUAUAUAAAAAGUGUGUUUUUUACAUAAUUGCAUGGACUUUUCUAUAUAGUAUUAAAUUUAUUUCCUUUGUUUAUGUUGUGGUUCGACUAUAUGAUUCAGAUUUACUGGGUAGCUGCUUAGUGGUUGACCAGGUCUUCAAAGUUCAAGCGUGAAGUUAUACAUGUAUGAGUUUUGGUAUCCGAUAAUAAUCCUUUUGGGGUGUAUGAGUACCUAACAAAGAGAUGAGACAGAAGGAAGGGGGAAUGCGCAAUUUUUAACCGACACAGAUUCAUUCAUUUUCCAUUUGCAUUCAACGAGGAGAGGGAAGAAUAAGACAAGAAUAGUAGAAACGCGGCAUACUCAUUUUAUUUAUUAAAUGUAUCGAUUGAUAUAUCCUAUGAAUCUAUCCAAUUGUGAUUUCGUGUGACGUGGCCCAAUGGAAUUACUCAUCACUGACCACCUCCUCCAAUGAGCAGACACCACUCUCAUUAAAACCAUACUUUUUACUUGGAAUCUCUUCACUUCUCUCUCUCUCUCUCUCUGUCACAGCCACACACGUUUCCUCUCUCGCCCUUUAAACUAUAUUAUAUUAUAUCACAAUUCCAUCCAUCCCCACCAUCGUCACUCACGCUCUGUUAGUGCCCAAUUACACACUCUUCUUUCUUUUCUAUAAAGAAACUUUCCAUUGCACUCUUUCAUUUUGUGCCUCUCCCUUUUUCCACCUUUUCUUUCUGUUUUCUUCAGUUUCUGCUCCCAUGGAUCUUUGUGCACUCUCAUAUCCUGCUUUUGUAAACCGAGUUACAGCUUCUGAUCCCAGAAGACCACUUCCUCUUGCCUCGCAUUCUCAAUGGGGUCUGGACUUUCUCGGCCAAACCCAACACAGGCUCAACCAGAUGAAGAAAAAGUCAAGUGGGGUUUAUGCAUCACUAUCGGAGAGGGGGGAGUAUUAUUCUCAGAGACCUCCAACUCCGCUAUUGGACACUGUAAACUUUCCAAUUCAUAUGAAAAAUCUCUCUACCAAGGAGCUUAAACAACUAGCGGAUGAACUGCGUUCUGAUGUCAUUUUCAGUGUUUCUAGAACUGGGGGUCAUUUGGGCUCAAGCCUUGGUGUGGUGGAACUCACUGUUGCACUCCACUAUGUCUUCAAUACCCCUCAGGAUAGGAUAUUGUGGGAUGUUGGUCACCAGUCUUACCCGCAUAAGAUACUCACGGGUAGAAGGGAUAAGAUGCAUACCAUGAGGCAGACAAAUGGGUUAUCUGGCUUUACAAAACGUUCUGAGAGUGAAUAUGAUUGUUUUGGCACUGGUCACAGCUCAACAACUAUUUCAGCAGGACUUGGAAUGGCUGUAGGGAGAGAUCUGAAGGGAAGAAAGAAUAACGUAGUUGCUGUUAUUGGUGAUGGUGCUAUGACGGCUGGACAAGCUUAUGAAGCCAUGAAUAAUGCUGGAUAUCUUGAUUCUGACAUGAUUGUUAUUCUAAAUGACAACAAGCAAGUCUCUCUACCAACUGCUACUCUUGAUGGACCCAUACCACCUGUUGGAGCCUUGAGUAGUGCUCUCAGUAGAUUACAAUCAAAUAGGCCUCUCAGAGAAUUGAGAGAGGUUGCCAAGGGAGUAACUAAACGAAUUGGAGGACCUAUGCAUGAAUUGGCUGCAAAAGUUGACGAGUAUGCUCGUGGCAUGAUCAGUGGUUCAGGAUCAACACUUUUUGAAGAGCUUGGACUCUACUAUAUUGGUCCUGUUGAUGGUCAUAACAUAGAUGAUCUUGUUGCCAUUCUUAAAGAAGUCAAGAGUACCAAAACAACCGGUCCUGUAUUAAUCCAUGUUAUCACUGAAAAAGGCCGCGGUUACCCAUAUGCAGAAAAAGCAGCAGACAAGUACCACGGAGUUACCAAAUUUGACCCGCCAACAGGAAAACAAUUCAAAUCCAAGGCUACCACUCAGUCUUACACAACAUACUUUGCAGAGGCUUUGAUUGCAGAAGCCGAAGCUGACAAAGACAUUGUUGCGAUCCAUGCAGCAAUGGGAGGUGGAACUGGCAUGAAUCUCUUCCUUCGCCGUUUCCCAACAAGAUGCUUUGAUGUGGGGAUAGCAGAGCAGCACGCUGUUACAUUUGCUGCAGGUCUAUCUUGUGAAGGUGUUAAGCCUUUCUGUGCAAUUUACUCAUCAUUCAUGCAGAGGGCUUAUGAUCAGGUGGUGCAUGAUGUGGAUUUGCAGAAGCUUCCUGUAAGGUUUGCAAUGGACAGAGCUGGGUUAGUUGGAGCAGAUGGUCCAACGCAUUGUGGUUCUUUUGAUGUCACUUUCAUGGCAUGCCUCCCUAACAUGGUGGUGAUGGCUCCUUCAGAUGAAGCAGAACUUUUUCACAUGGUUGCCACUGCUGCAGCCAUUGAUGAUAGGCCUAGUUGCUUCAGAUACCCAAGAGGAAAUGGCAUUGGUGUUCAGCUACCAUCUGGGAAUAAAGGAACUCCUCUUGAGAUUGGGAAAGGAAGGAUAUUGAUUGAAGGAGAAAGAGUGGCCCUUAUAGGCUACGGAACAGCUGUUCAGAACUGUUUGGCUGCGGCUUCCUUAGUGGAACGUCAUGGCUUACGCUUAACAGUUGCUGAUGCACGUUUCUGCAAGCCACUGGAUCGUUCCUUGAUUCGCAGCCUGGCAAAAUCACAUGAAGUGUUGAUCACUGUAGAAGAAGGAUCAAUAGGAGGAUUUGGUUCUCAUGUUGCUCAGUUCAUGGCCCUUGAUGGCCUUCUAGAUGGAAAACUGAAGUGGAGGCCAAUGGUUCUUCCUGAUCGCUAUAUUGACCAUGGAUCUCCUUCUGACCAAUUGUCUCUUGCGGGUCUUACACCAUCUCACAUAGCAGCAACAGUGUUCAACAUACUUGGACAGACAAGAGAGGCACUUGAAGUCAUGUCAUAAAAAUAAUUUAUCUAGGAGUUCAAUUUUUCGUUUCCCAUAAUGUACAAAGUAUGAUAACAUGAUUCACUCUGUAAUCUGAAAAAAUAAUAUAAUUAUAUGAAUUAUUUAAGUGUAUGGUGCUGGUUGUCCUAUAUUGAUACCACUAGUUUCAAAGGAGAAAAUCCUUAACUUUUUCUAUGGGUUCAAGAGAAAAGCUUUUCUGUUGUCUAAAC